AUGAAAUUAUCAUCAAUCUUAGCUUCAGGAUUAUUCUUCUCUGGUAUUAUUGCUUCACCAGUUGCUGCUUCUGGUGCUGCUGAAAGCUCUGCUGCUUCCAAUUCUAAUGAAACCAUGAUUCCUUCAGACAACUCAACUGAUGUUUCCAUUGAAGGAUUCAAGAAAUUAUGUUUUAGUCAUCAUCAAAAAAGCUUUUGUCCUGGGAGAAACCGCAGUAAAUGUAUUAAAUCACAUACACCAGAAAAGGGACCAAAGAAAGCUGCUAACUUUUGUGGUUUCUGGUGUACCAAAAUGAAAAAUACUGAGGAUUGUGGAUUCAAUAGGCAAUUAUAUAAUUACGAGCCAAAAGAUUGGACUUGUAAAGAUGAUAUGUCAUUUGAUUGUUAA